UCGGGCCAUGGUGGGGCAGAGGUUGGGAAGAUGGCGUGGCGAGGCUGGGUGCACAGAGGCUGGGGCUGCGGCCAGGCGUGGGCUCCGCCGGUGGGCAGCCGAGGCUGCGAGGAGCUCCCUGCGGUCCUGUCCCCGCCGCGGCUGCUCGGACGCAGGUUUAACUUUUUUAUUCAGCAAAAAUGUGGAUUCAGAAAAGCACCCAGGAAGGUUGAACCUCGAAGAUCAGACACAGGAACAAGUGGUGAAGCAUACAAGAGAAGUGCUUUGAUUCCUCCUGUAGAAGAAACAGUCUUUUAUCCUUCUCCCUACCCUAUAAGGACUCUUGUAAAGCCUUUGUUUUUUACUGUUGGGUUUACAGGCUGUGCAUUUGGAUCAGCUGCUAUUUGGCAAUAUGAAUCACUGAAAUCCAGGGUCCAGAGUUAUUUUGAUGGUAUAAAAGCUGACUGGUUGGAUAGCAUAAGACCACAAAAGGAAGGAGACUUCAGAAAGGAGAUUAACAAAUGGUGGAAUAACCUAAGUGAUGGCCAGCGGACUGUGACAGGUAUCAUAGCUGCAAAUGUUUUUGUAUUCUGUUUAUGGAGAGUACCUUCUCUCCAGAGGACAAUGGUCAGAUAUUUCACAUCCAAUCCAGCCUCAAAGGUCCUUUGUUCUCCAAUGUUGCUGUCAACAUUCAGUCAUUUCUCCUUGUUUCACAUGGCAGCAAAUAUGUAUGUUUUGUGGAGCUUCUCCUCCAGCAUAGUGAACAUUCUGGGUCAAGAGCAGUUCAUGGCAGUGUACUUAUCUGCAGGUGUUAUUUCCACCUUUGUCAGUUAUGUGUGUAAAGUUGCCACAGGAAGAUAUGGACCAUCACUUGGUGCAUCGGGUGCCAUCAUGACCGUCCUUGCAGCUGUCUGCACGAAGAUCCCAGACGGGAGGCUGGCCAUUAUCUUCCUGCCGAUGUUCACGUUCACGGCGGGGAAUGCCCUAAAAGCCAUUAUUGCCAUGGAUACAGCAGGAAUGAUCCUGGGAUGGAAAUUUUUUGAUCAUGCAGCACAUCUUGGGGGAGCUCUCUUUGGAAUAUGGUAUAUUACUUAUGGUCAUGAACUCAUUUGGAAGAACAGGGAGCCUUUAGUGAAAAUCUGGCAUGAAAUGAGGACUAACGGCCCCAAAAAAGGAGGUGGCUCUAAGUAACACUGGGCUGGGACGAUACUGGGCGUCUGGUCUGUGCUGCCUGAAGCCCAGGAACGCGUCGGCCCUGGAGUGACCACAUCUUUGCUCCCGCCUGAAGACACCCAGCAGCUAGCUUUCCAAGUGUUAUAAACUAUGUCCCCAGUACAUGUCUUAUAGAAGUGAAUUAUGACAAAGUUGUGAAAUAAAGGUUUGUAUCUCUAGUUUGUAAA